AUGGAGCUUUCAAACACCGAAACUAACCCGCACGCGCCGUUGCGCCUACUAUCCCUCGAUGGCGGAGGCGUGCGGGGACUAUCUUCGCUGAUGGUCCUCGACGAUCUCAUGGAGAACAUUGCACAAGAAGAGAAGAGACUGGGAAGACGGCGGCCAAAUGACACUACUCCCCUCAAGCCAUGUGACUACUUUGACCUGAUUGGCGGCACGAGCACGGGUGGCAUCAUCGCCAUCUUGCUCUCGCGGCUGAGGCUUGACUGCAAGCAGUGCAUCGGAAUAUACACAAAGUUAGCGGAGCAGAUCUUCAAGCACGAUAAGUCCAUCAAGUUGUUCGGAACCAAAGUUCCCACUGGGUCAACGAGGUUCUCAGGUGUGGUUCUUGAGAGGGCUAUCAAGUCAGCCAUCACCGAGCUCGGGUACAGCGAAGAUGAACUCAUGUGGGACGACUCCCUCUUCGAAGAGCUCCCAGAGACCGACCUCCCCCGCGAUAGCAUAUGGUCCGAUGCCGCACCAGCGCCAGAAGUUCUCACCGAGAGCCCAGUGGCAACGCUCAAGGGAGCGGAAGGCGCACUACCAAAGAGCAACGGAUCAGCAGCACCAAGCAGCAACAUCGCCGACGAGCAGCGGCCAGCACCACACAAGGACGACCCCUUCGCCGACCCUAAGCCAGCUAGGAGAGAUACUUGGAAACUCCAUCCCCGACUGAGCGUCCACAAGAAGAAGAAUGCAAGAGGCUGCCGCGGGUUUGUGCUCACUUCUCUCAAGAACGCGCUAGGACUACCCAGAAUCCUAUCAACCUAUGACCCCAACGACCGGACGACUCGCAUCUGGGAAGCUCUUCGCGCAACCUCAGCAGCGCCAACUUUCUUUGAGGAAAUGCAGUUCGGAACCCCUAAAGUUACGUAUCUCGACGGCGGCGUGGGCUUCAACAACCCCUGCGCAGAAGUCGACUACGCAGCGAAAGCGCUCUGGGAAGGCCGCUCCAUUGGCGUCAUAGUGUCAGUCGGCACUGGUCUCCAGUCCAUUCCGUCCGUCCGCAAAAUGGCGUCGUGGCUGCCCUUUGGUCUUGGGACUGACAUCUCACUGGCCUCUGCUCUCGCGGGGAUGGCAACCAGCACUGCGCGCGUCGACAACGAGAUGAAGCGCAUGUACUACAACACAUCUACAAAGUAUUACCGCUUCGACGUGGACCGCGGCCUCGCGAACGUCAGCCUCGAGCAGUGGAUGAAGGAAGAUGAAAUGGCAGCGCUCACAGAGCAAUACAUGCGUGAUGCAAAGCAACUGCGCACAGCCCGCCAAUUCGGCGAGAUCAUGGCGAAACUCUCCGCUCUCCCACCGAAAUUCGAAAUCGGUGCCACACACUUCCGCGUCGGCAUAGAUGGCCGGGGGCUAUUGGAUCAAUCCUUCCAGCUCGUGCAAGUCGACUUCAAGACCGGAAUGCCUUUGGGUGUCGUCUCACACCUGGAAGACCUACCACGCAUGAGCCAAUUCCGCACCUCCUCGCCGUCCGGCGAAGGCGGCCUAGCCGUCGACGAGUCCGGCAAGCUGAAGAAAAUCUACCCAGUUGCAGAGGAUCUAGACCACGACGGACGCCGCGAAGAAGCAGCUGUGUACCAGUGCAUGCGCGCAGACAACAUCUGUCUGCGCACGAUCAAAACCGGCAUACCGCAAGGUCGGUACCGCGUUCAAUUCAUCGCCUCGUUUCAAAACAGCAAGUACACGCCGCCACACGACCUCGUGUUCUCAGUCGGCAAGCCGUUCGACAAGGAAACCUUCGCACAGCGGUUCGUCGAUGUGAAGAUCACGCCCGACUUUGUUCCGUGCCUCCUGCACCCUGACGCUGUGCGCGUACGCGUAGGGAAGAAUCGGUAUGCGGAGCACAAGGGGAAAGGGUGGCUUGAGAUCCAAGGGGAUGUUGAAGUGAGCGUGGGGCUGGAUGGCGCGCUCGGCUUUAUUGUGAGUAAGAAGUACGAGGAGGAUGUUUUUGUGGAUGGGUGGAGUUUUGGGGGCGUGAGACUAGAGCCCAUUUUUGCGAAGGCGGGAGAGACGAGGACGAAGAGCUAG